AUGGUGGUGUGGGACGUACUGUAAGUGAUUUAGGGCCACAGCAACCUUUAUCUGUGUGUUGGGUUGUAGUGGAGGCCGUGGGUUGGGUUGUCAAGCUGCCGGGGUGGGUGGGGGGGGGUGGGGGGUAGUAGAGGGCUGCUGCUGAGAACAGUCAUUAAUCACAGAGCAGACAACACAUACAGCACACCGCCUGCUCUAGGACCUGCCGCUUGACACGUCUGAUCUACACAGUUCAAUUAGAUUUCACAUCAGGACGUCUCUCCUGCAUGCUUACCCCUCAGCCAGACACUGUUCCCUACCCUGCCCUCACCAGCCGGCCUGGGUAGAGAGAUGGAGGCAGACACUGUUAGUUUGCUGAAAAAGGCUUCUACGAUAAUUUAUGUCAAGUAGCACCACCAAUGGACAGGAGCAAAUCAAUCAAUAGGCAUUAACACUGUGGAGUGCUGAUCAGACCCUUUUUAGAUGGAAAACAGAUCUCCUCUGGGGUUGUGAAGAUUACAGGGGAAUAAUACGUCUUGUAAAAAGGUCUCUAACCGAAAUGGCAAAACAAUAAAAAUAUAAUAUUGUGUGUGGUAGUUAUCUUUUUUUUUACGAUGGAGAUAACCGCUCUAAUCACCAUCCUGUCAGUUUCAUUACUUACAUUUAAUGCAGUAGUGGUGAACUACUAACAAGAGAGAGAGUUGGGAAGAGAUUUUUGACGUACCGAUCCCAUGGCAUAGUGUUUAUGAACUGAUACGCAAAACGACGCCGGAUUCAAAACUUAGAAUUUUUCUAUUUAAAUUUGUAUACAAAAUUAUUGCUACCAAUAGAAUGUUAUUUAUAUGGGGGAUACAAUCUUCCCAGCUCUGCAGAUUUUGCUGCGAAGAGACAGAAUCAUUAGAUCAUUUGUUUGGGUACUGUCCAUUUGUAGCUUGUUUUUGGACACAGGUCCAGGAAUGGCUAAAGGAUUGUAAUAUUAACCUGGAGCUAACCUUGCAGAUAGCACUACUGGGUGAUCUGAAAAGUCAUAGUCAAUCGAUCAAUAAUAUAAUAAUACUUUUAGCAAAAAUGUUUUUUCAAUUUACAAUCUGUAGAAACAAUGAGAAUAGAAAGGUUCAGAACUUUUGUGAAACAUCACAGUACAGUUUAAUAAUAUAUGGAAAAUAGAAAUCCAAUAUGGAUGGUGUUAAGAGAUAGAUGGGAGGUGUUGAAUGGAGCUGAAGGAUGGGACUAAUAACUAACAACAACUAAUAACAACAAGAUAACUAAUGUAAAGUAUACUGUGUCCAUAAUAAGUAUAUAGGUUAUAGGUUGAGAGCUUUUGUGAAAGAGCACAGUUAGAAAGAUAUGGCAUAUAGAAGCAAACCGGAUGGAUAUCAUGAAAAUGAUCGGAGAGGUUGAGGGUAGAGGAAGUUCAGGAGUAAAAACAAACAAAAUAUAAUUAUUGUAAAAUUGCCUGUGUCCAUAAAAUGUAUAUAGUAUGUAUAAGCUGGAAGUAGAGGCCUAAGCAUUGUUGUUCACUAGUUUACUCCAAUUAGGGAAGGGGUGGUGGGGUUGGAAAGUAAUAAAGGGAAAUAUAUGUUUUAAAAGGAUAUGUGUAUAUAUGUACACUACCGGUCAAAUGUUUUAGAACACCUACUCAUUUGAGGGUUUUUCUUUAUUUUUACAAUUUUCUACAUUGUGGAAUAAUAGUGAAGCCAUCAAAACUAUGAAAAAACAUAUAUGGAAUCAUGUAGUAACCAAAAAAGUGUUCAACAGAUUCUUCAAAUAGCCACCCUUUGCCUUGAGGACAGCUUUGCACACUCUUGGCAUUCUCUCAACCAGCUUCACCUGGAAUGCUUUUCCAAAACUCUUGAAGGGAGUUCCCACAUAUGCUGAGCACUUGUUGGCUGCUUUUCCUUCACUCGGUGUUCCGACUCAUCCCAAACCAUCUCAAUUUGGUUGAGGUCGGGGGAUUGUGGAGGCCAGGUCAUCUGAUGCAGCACUCCAUCACUCUCCUUCUUGGUAAAAUAGCCCAUACACAGCCUGGAGGUGUGGCGCCGGAGAAGAUGGCUGCCGUUUUACAGCCCUCUAACCAAUUGCACUGUUGUGUGUUUUUUUCGCGUUAUUUGUAAUUUAUUCUGUACGUAAUGUUUCUGCCAUCGUCUCUUAUAACCAAAUAGAGCUUCUGGAUAUCAGGACAGCGAUUACUCACCUCGUAUUGGACAGAUAUUUUUUUUCAACGAGUUGGACGUGAAGGAUAUCCUACUGACACCCGACAAGGCCCAAAUCCCAGUCAUUCGCAGGAGAAAGAGAAGGAGAUAUCGUGGACGUAGGUCGGGGUGCCUUGUUAGGAUCAGACGGCGAGCGAGUAAACUGCCUCUUCCAUCAUCCUAUUAGCCAAUGUUCAAUCAUUUGAAAAUAAAUUAAAUGACCUACGAUUACGGUUAUCCUACCAACGGGACAUUAAAAACUGUAAUAUCUUAUGUUUCUGAACGACGACAUGGACAACAUACAGCUGACGGGAUAUUCGCUACAUCGGCAGGAUAGAACGGCUGACUCCGGUAAGACAAGGGGUGGCAGUCUAAGUAUAUUUGUAAACAACAGCUGGUGCACAAAAUCAAAUACUAAGGAUGUCUCGAGGUUUUGCUCGCCUGAGGUGUAGAGUAUCUUAUGAUAAGCUGUAGACCACACUAUUUACCAAGAGAGUUUUCAUCUAUAUUUUUCAUAGCUGUCUAUUUACCACCACAAACCAAUACUGGCAUUAAGAUUGCACUCAAUGAGCUGCAUAAGGCCAUAAGUGAACAGGAAAACGCUCAUCCAGAGGCAGCACUCCUAGUGGCCGGGGACUUUAAUGCAGGGAAACUUUAAUCCGUUCUACCUCAUUUCUACCAGCAUGUUAAAUGUGCAACCAGAGGGAAAAAACUCUAGACAACCUUUACUCCACACACAGAGACGCAUACAAAGCUCUCCCUCGCCCUCCAUUUGGAAAAUCUGACCAUAACUCUAUCCUCCUGAUUCCUGCUUAUAAGCAAAAACUAAAGCAGGAAGCACCAGUGACUCGGUUAAUAAAAAAGUGGUCAGAUGACGCAGAUGCUAAGCUACAGGACUGUUUUGCUAGCACAGACUGGAACAUGUUCCGGGAUUCUUCAGAUAGCAUUGAGGAGUACACCACAUCAGUCACUGGCUUCAUCAAUAAGUGCAUCGAUGACGUCGUCCCCACAGUGACCAUACUUACAUACCCCAACCAGAAGCCAUGGAUUACAGGCAACAUCCGCACAGAGCUAAAGGGUAGAGCUGCCGCUUUCAAGGAGCGGGACUCUAACCCGGACGCUUAUAAGAAAUCCCGCUAUGCCCUCCGACGAACCAUCAAACAGGCAAAGAGUCAAUACAGGACUAAGAUUGAAUUGUACUACACCGGCUCUGACGCUCGUCGGAUGUGGCAGGGCUUGAAAACUAUUAUAGACUACAAAGGGAAGCACAGCCGCGAGCUGCCCAGUGACACAAGCCUAACAGACGAGCUAAACCAUUUCUAUGCUUGCUUCGAGGCAAGCAACACUGAAGCAUGCAUGAGAGCACCAGCUGUUCCGGGUGACUAUGUGAUCACGCUCUCUGUAGCCGAUGUGAGUAAGACUUUUAAGCAGGUCAACAUUCACAAGGCCGCAGGGCCAGAUGGAUUACCAGGACGUGUACUCCGAGCAUGUGCUGACCAACUGGCAAGUGUCUUCACUGACAUUUUCAACAUAUCCCUGACUGAGUCUGUAAUAUCAACAUGUUUUAAGCAGACCACCAUAGUCCCUGUGCCCAAGGAUACUAAGAUAACCUGCCUAAAUGACUACCGACCCGUAGCACUGACGUCUGUAGCCAUGAAGUGCUUUGAAAGGCUGGUCAUGGCUCACAUCAACGCCAUUAUUCCAGAAAUCCCCCAACAGAUCCACAGAUGAUGCAAUUUCUAUUGCACUUCACACUGCCCUUUCCCACCUGGACAAGAGGAACACCUACGUGAGAAUGCUAUUCAUUGACGACAGCUCAGCGUUCAACACCAUAGUGCCCUCAAAGCUCAUCACUAAGCGAUCACUAAGCUAAGGAUCCUGGGACUAAACACCUCCCUCUGCAACUCGAUCCUGGACUUCCUGACGGGCCACCCCCAGGUGGUAAGGGUAGGUAACAACACAUCUGCCACGCUGAUCCUCAACACGGGUGCCCCUCAGGGGUGCGUGCUCAGUCCCCUCCUGUACUCCCUGUUCACCCAUGACUGCAUGGCCAGGCACGACUCCAACACCAUCAUUAAGUUUGCAGACGACACAACAGUGGUAGGCCUGAUCACCGACAACGAUGAGACAGCCUAUAGGGAGGAGGUCAGAGACCUAGCCGUGUGGUGCCAGGAUAACAACCUCUCCCUCAACGUGACCAAGACAAAGGAGAUGAUUGUGGACAACAGGGAAAAAAAAGAGGACUGAGCACGUCCCCAUUCUCAUCGACGACGCUGUAGUGGAACAGGUUGAGAGCUUCAAGUUCCUUGGUGUCCACAUCACCAACGAACUAUCAUGGUCCAAGCACACCAAGACAGUCAUGAAGAGGGCACGACAAAGCCUAUUCCCCCUCAGGAGACUGAAAAGAUUUGGCAUGGGUCCUCAGAUCCUCAAAAGGUUCUACAGCUGCACCAUCGAGAGGUAUCCUGACUGGUUGCAUCACCGCCUGGUAUGGCAACUGCUCGGCCUCCGACCGCAAGGCACUACAGAGGGUAGUGCGUACGGCCCAGUACAUCACUGGGGUCAAGCUUCCUGCCAUCCAGGACCUCUAUAACAGGCGGUGUCAGAGGAAGGCCCUCAAAAUUGUCAAAGACUCCAGCCACCCUAGUCAUAGACUGUUCUCUCUGCUACCGCACGGCAAGCGGUACCUGGAGCGCCAGGUCUAGGUCCAAAAGGCUUCUCAACAGCUUCUACCCCCAAGCCAUAAGACUCCUGAACAGCUAAUCAUGGCUACCCGGACUAUUUGCACUGCCCCCCCACCCCAACCCCAUCUUUUUACGCUGCUGCUACUCUUAUUUAUGCAUAGUCACUUUAACUCUACCCACAUGUACAUACAGUGAGGGGAAAAAGUAUUUGAUCCCCUGCUGAUUUUGUACAUUUGCCCACUGACAAAGAAAUGAUCAGUCUAUAAUUUUAAUGGUAGGUUUAUUUGAACAGUGAGAGACAGAAUAACAACAAAUAAAUCCAGAAAAACGCAUGUCAAAAAUGUUAUAAAUUGAUUUGCAUUUUAAUGAGGGAAAUAACUGUUUGGCUCAAACGCAUUAAGAACCAAAGAAAUUCCACAAAUUAACUUUUAACAAGGCAGACCUGUUAAUUGAAAUGCAUUCCAGGUGACUACCUCAUGAAGCUGGUUGAGAGAAUUGUGCGCAAAGCUGUCAUCAAGGCGAAGGGUGGCUAUUUGAAGAUUCUCAAAUAUAAAGUAUAUUUUGAUUUGUUUAACACUUUUUUGGUUCCUACAUGAUUCCAUAUGUGUUAUUUCAUCGUUUUGAUGUCUUCACUAUUAUUCUACAAUGUAGAAAAUAGUAAAAAUAAAGAAAAACCUUUGAAUGAUUAGGUGCUCUAAAACUUUUGUUCAAAAGUUUGGGGUCACUUAGAAAUGUCCUUGUUUUCGAAAGAAAAGCAAUUUCUAUUGAAAUAACAUCAAAUUGAUCAUAAAUACAGUGUAGACAUUGUUAAUGUUGUAAAUGGCUAUUGUAGCUGGAAACGGCUGAUUUUUUUAUUUGAUUUUAUUUCACCUUUAUUUAACCAGGUAGGCCAGUUGAGAACAAGUUCUCAUUUACAACUGCGACCAAUAUCUACAUAGGCGUACAGAGGCCCAUUAUCAGCAACCAUCAGUCCUGUGUUCCAAUGGCACGUUGUGUUUGCUAAUCCAAGUUUAUAAUUUUAAAAGGCUAAUUGAUCAUGUUUUGCAGGUACUAUUUAAUGAAGCUGCCAGUUGAGGACCUGUGAGGCGCCUGUUUCUCAAACUAGACACUCUAAUUAAUUUAUUUGUCCUCUAUUUGUCCUCUUGCUCAGUUGUGCUCCGGGGCCUCCCACUCCUCUUUCUAUUCUGGUUAGAGCCUGUUUGCGCUGUUCUGUGAAGGGAGUAGCACACAGCGUUGUACGAAAUCUUCAGUUUCUUGGCAAUUUCUCACAUGGAAUAGUCUUAAUUUCUCAGAACAAUAAUAGACUGACGAGUUUCUGAAGAAAGGUUCUUUGUUUCUGGCCAUUUUGAGCCUAUAAUCGAACCCACAAUUGUUGAUGCUCCAGAUACUCAACUAGUCUCAAGAAGGCUGGUUUUAUUGCUUCUUUAAUCAGCACAACAGUUUUCAGCUGUGCUAACAUAAUUGCAAAAAGGUUUUCUAAUGAUCAAUUAGCCUUUUAAAAUGAUCAAAUUGGAUUAGCAAACACAACGUGCCAUUGGAACACAGGACUGAUGGUUGCUGAUAAUGGGCCUCUGUACGCCUAUGUAGAUAUUCCAUAAAAAAUCAGCCGUUUCCCGCUACAAUAGCUAUUUAGAACAUUAACAAUAUCUACACUGUCUGUCUGAUUAAUUUUAUGUUAUUUUAAUGGACAAAGAAAUGGCUUUUCUUUCCAAAACAAGAAAAUGUUUAAGUGACCCCAAACUUUUGAACGGUAGUUUAUAUUUUUGCGAGGGAAGAAAACAUAUGGGGGAUUGGAAGUGAUGCAGACAAUUACAUUGAUGGAAGUUACAAUUUAUCUGCAAUAUUAAUACUGAUCUACCCCCCCCCCCCCCCCCCCCCCCCCCCCCCCCCCCCCCCCCCCAAACGAGAGCUGGGGUUCAGCGUGGGGGAGAGAGAGUUGGGGUUUCAGGGUGGGGGAGAGAGAGUUGGGGUUUCAGGGUGGGGGAGAGUGAGUUUGGGGUUUCAGGGUGGGGGAGAGUGAGUUGGGGUUUCAGGGUGGGGGAGAGAGAGUUGGGGUUUCAGGGUGGGGGAGAGAGAGUUGGGGUUUCAGGGUGGGGGAGAGAGAGUUUGGGGUUUCAGGGUGGGGGAGAGUGAGUUGGGGUUUCAGGGUGGGGGAGAGAGAGUUGGGGUUUCAGGGUGGGGGAGAGAGAGUUUGGGGUUUCAGGGUGGGGGAGAGAGAGUUGGGGUUUCAGGGUGGGGGAGAGAGAGUUGGGGUUUCAGGGUGGGGGAGAGAGAGUUGGGGUUUCAGGGUGGGGGAGAGAGAGUUGGGGUUUCAGGGUGGGGGAGAGAGAGUUGGGGUUUCAGGGUGGGGGAGAGAGAGUUGGGGUUUUCAGGGUGGGGGAGAGAGAGUUGGGGUUUCAGGGUGGGGGAGAGAGAGUUGGGGUUUCAGGGUGGGGGAGAGAGAGUUGGGGUUUCAGGGUGGGGGAGAGAGAGUUGGGGUUUCAGGGUGGGGGAGAGAAAGCUCAAGACUACAAUCCCACAGGAAACUGUAUAAUGGCCCACUGCACCGGUCCGAGUAUGUCGGAAAUUUCACUCACGGAGCGUUGCACCGCGUCCUUUCCAACGCUCUGUUAAAAAUCGCUCCUCGCUAACAGGGGGAAAAAACUGACGCUACAAAUUCGCUACAAAUUCGUUAAAAUCACAAUUUAACCAACACCCAUCUAUUUUUGUGACUACCUGGACCUACCAUUUUGAUUUUGGAAGUAUUGAAACCAAACCAUAUGAUUUGAAUGAAAAGUAUUGUAAUGAACAACAUGAAAAGGUUACUGUAAGAAGCGUUCACUUCUUCAAAUAGGCUACAUGUAUUAAACAGCAUAUAAACACUCUAAAUUGGUCAGAAGCCAGACAGGGAGCCUAAGAAAGAACAAAAAUGAAUCGGCGCUAAUUUCCCAGGUAAGUUGACUGAGAACACAUCAUUAGCUUAUUAUUUCAAGGCUAUAGCCUACAAAUAAAUAAAUUGUGAAACAUUUGCGACACACUAGGCUGGCAGGAACAUUAAGGCUCAGCAAUUAAACAACAUUUUGUUGUAUUACGUCAUUAUAGUCUAUAAAUUGCGGAUAUAGGCUGUGACUUACUUAGAAUUGUAAAAAAAAUAUAUAUAUGAAAUAAAAAAUGCCUUAUUUGGCUCAGUGCCUUUUUGAAUUCAUUUUUAGAAACACGAGUUUGUCCAGAGUCUGUGGCUUCAGGCUCAUGCGAUGGUGCCUGGAGAGAAGGCCAACAGCAGAGAAUACCCUCUCCGCACUUGCAGAGCCAAUGGGGAUGCUAAACACCCUUCGGGCCACUGUUGCUAGGCUGGGUAGGGAUGUAUGUUUUUUUUUUUUUUUCUACAGGUAGGCAGGCCUAAAGGUUUAGGCAAAAUAUUCCUAUCAAAACGGAAAGCUCCUUGAAAUAGGUAAUAUGCCAGGCCUAUCGGGCUAAAAUUGUACAGAUAAUAGAACGAAAAUGAAUGAAACUUUUAAGAGAUCUUAUUUUUUGUUUAUAAAUACUUUGCUACAAUGACACACUUAGCUAGCUAACCACCUUGUUAUUUUCUGGUAGCCUGUGCACGUACUACACAUCAUUCUUUCGGAAUAUGUCUUUUCAGAUUCCACAAUGAUUCUUUAGUUGUGGACACUACAUUUAAGUAAUUUAGCAGACGCUCUUAUCCAGAGCAACUUACAGUUAGUGAAUACAUUUUUUUUUUUUUUUAUACUGGCCCCCCGUGGGAAUCGAACCCACAACCCUGGCGUUGCAAACGCCAUGCUCUAUCAACUGAGCUACAUCCCUGCCGGCCAUUCCCUCCCCUACCCUGGACGACGCUGGGCCAAUUGUGCGCCGCCCCAUGGGUCUCCCGGUCGCGGCCGGCUGCGACAGAGCCUGGAUUCGAACCAGGAUCUCUAGUGGCACAGUUAGCACUGUGAUGCAGUGCCUUAGACCACUGCGCCACUCGGGAGCUACAUCACCGCACUCCCUCUCGUGCUCUUGGUCCUCAUCAUCUUUGUCACCUUGAUUUAGCAGCUGUGUGUUUUUAUCAGUUUCUUUAUGACGAUGUUUAGCGAACUCCAUGACAGUAGCUAAAGCAAGGGGCUAUUAGCAGCACACAAGUAGACUAGAAGUGCAUGCUGGGCCGGGCCCUGAGCUGGUGAAGUGAGAGCUACUGGAGCGGUACUGGAGUGAAAUUUAAGCGGACGAGAAGGCUGACGCUCCAGCUUUUCGGAAACUUGCUCUGCGCUCCAGACAAAUUGAGCACGCUCCACUCACAGGUUCAGACCAUGGUGUAUUAUCCACAGCAGGGAUCAUCCACUAGUUUCAGCCGCGGGCAGAUUUUCUUUCGUGAGCAGAUGGUCAGCGUGCCGGAUCGUAAAAUUUGGGGUUGCCAAAUAAAAUCACCAGUUGGGAAAACUUGAUUUAGAGUGUGAGGCCGGAGCGCUAGUUAAUGUGUGUCCAAGCAGCCUCCAUCAGCCUUAGCGCUAGUUAAUGUGACCAAGCAGCCUCCAUCAGCCGGAGCGCUAGUUAAUGUGUGUCCAAGCAGCCUCCAUCAGCCUUAGCGCUAGUUAAUGUGACCAAGCAGCCUCCAUCAGCCGGAGCGCUAGUUAAUGUGUGUCCAAGCAGCCUCCAUUAGCCUUAGCGCUAGUUAAUGUGUGUCCAAGCAGCCUCCAUCAGCCUUAGCGCUAGUUAAUGUGUGUCCAAGCAGCCUCCAUCAGCCGGAGCGCUAGUUAAUGUGUGUCCAAGCAGCCUCCAUCAGCCUUAGCGCUAGUUAAUGUGUGUCCAAGCAGCCUCCAUCAGUCGGAGCGCUAGUUAAUGUGUGUCCAAGCAGCCUCCAUCAGCCUUAGCGCUAGUUAAUGUGUGUCCAAGCAGCCUCCAUCAGCCGGAGCGCUAGUUAAUGUGACCAGGCAGCCUCCAUCAGCCGAAGCGCUAGUUAAUGUGUGUCCAAGCAGCCUCCAUCAGCCGGAGCGCUAGUUAAUGUGUGUCCAAGCAGCCUCCAUCAGUCGGAGCGCUAGUUAAUGUGUGUCCAAGCAGCCUCCAUCAGCCUUAGCGCUAGUUAAUGUGUGUCCAAGCAGCCUCCAUCAGCCGGAGCGCUAGUUAAUGUGACCAGGCAGCCUCCAUCAGCCGAAGCGCUAGUUAAUGUGUGUCCAAGCAGCCUCCAUCAGCCUUAGCGCUAGUUAAUGUGACCAGGCAGCCUUCAUCAGCCGAAGAGCUAGUUAAUGUGUGUCCAGGCAGCCUCCAUCAGCCUUAGCGCUAGUUAAUGUGACCAGGCAGCCUCCAUCAGCCGGAGAGCUAGUUAAUGUGUGUCCAUGCAGCCUUCAUCAGCCGGAGCGCUAGUUAAUGUGUCCAAGCAGCCUCCAUCAGCCGAAGCGCUAGUUAAUGUGUGUCCAAGCAGCCUCCAUCAGCAAAGAGCAUGUGUUAAUGUUUUGAUUGACGUCUGGCCCUUUUGUGCAACGGGUUUAUCCCUCUUUCACUCGCUCUCCGGCAGCGCUAACAUCAACACACGCGUUCCACAGACACACACACUGAGAAUAAUACACACACAAACACAGCCCGGGCGCUGAAUGUUUGAUUAGAGUUCAAUUGACUCCUCCAGCGGCAGGGCGAGGAACCAUUUCACUCCCUAUUUGUAGCAGCAAAGCUCUCCCUGACAUGUUUCUUUUGUUCCCAUUGAGCCGCCUGCCACCCAGGCAGCCUCGGCAGCACUGCUCCUAAUAGCCCAGCAUUCAGCCAGCCAGCCUUGCCUCGCCUCGCGCUCUCCCAGCCUCCCUGCUUAAUCCUGGGUUGGACAGACAGACAGACGUUACCACAGCAGCAGCACAAACACAUCUGGCUGCUAGCUAAACCUGGCAUGGAGUCAUGGUCUCAGUGACCUGGAGUCAUGGUCUCAGUGACCUGGAGUCAUGGUCUCAGUGACCUGGAGUCAUGGUCUCAGUGACCUGGAGUCAUGGUCUCAGUGACCUGGAGUCAUGGUCUCAGUCCACUCCAUGGCCUCUCCUCUAGUAUGUGAAGCGCUGGCUGUUGUAGUUUAUGCUAAUAUUGAAUUAUUUACAUGGUUUGAAAUCAAAAAGUUUCCCUUGCAAUGGUUAACAACUUGGUGAAAAAUAUAUAUUUUACCAAGGAUAUUCUGGUGAAUAAAAUGUUUGUUCGGUUAACUGAUUCAUUUAUGAAACUGAUCUAUCCCCUCUUUACUUGCUUAGUAAUUAGUCUUCGGUUAACAACACAGGGAAUUGGAGACUCCUUGUGAAUGUUGGUCUGUGUUUUUUUCUUUCUACUGGUACCUACAGGUGAACAUAUCAGGUGGUCUCAUUCUCCCAUGUCUGCCUUGCAGGGUGAGUUGAUAACAUUCUACUAUUACUGGAAGAAGACUCCUGAGGCAGCGUCGUCCCGAGCCCACCGUAGACACCGGCGCCAGCCUGUGUUCCGACGCAUCAAGACGCGUACCGCCUCCACCCCCGUCAACAUCCCAUCUAGACCACCCUCCUCUGAGUUCUGUAAGUAGUGUCCUAACCCUAACCCGUACCGCCUCCAGCCCCGUCAACAUCCCAUCUAGACCACCCUCCUCAGAGUUCUGUAAGUAGUAUCCUAACCCUAACCCGUACCGCCUCCACCCCCGUCAACAUCCCAUCUAGACCACCCUCCUCAGAGUUCUGUAAGUAGUAUCCUAACCCUAACCCGUACCGCCUCCACCCCCGUCAACAUCCCAUCUAGACCACCCUUCUCAGAGUUCUGUAAGUAGUAUCCUAACCCUAACCCGUACCGCCUCCACCCCCGUCAACAUCCCAUCUAGACCACCCUCCUCAGAGUUCUGUAAGCGGAAGAAGAAAAAUACAUUUGUUGUGGGAUGGAUCUGAAUGAGUAUUUUUGCUUACAACACAAUUGAUACAGUUUUGUAUCACUGUGCUGGAGUGAUCAACCUUUUGUAAUAAUAAACUGACUUGGAACAAAUCGUUACUUACCACUGGUAUUGUGACAGCGUUGUAUUAUUAAAGCUAGUUGGAGUUAGUUUUUUCCUAACAGUGCUUUUCGCAGGUAACUCGUUUUUUUUUUUUAUUGAGAAUGUGUGUUCUGCUCUCCUCCAGUGGACCUAAGCUCAGCCAGUGAAGAUGACUUCGACAGCGAAGACAGUGAGCAGGAACUGAAGGGUUACGCCUGCCGACACUGUUUCACCACCAGUAAGUACCAUUCUCUCUGUUAUAUACACACACACACACACCAUCACAGCGACCUGGCGUGACAGUCCUCAUGGAAUGUGAUCAGUUUAAGUCCCACCUGUCUGGUUACAUCAACUUAGAGCUGGCAUCCUCUCUGCCCAGCUGUCAAUCUCUCCACCUUUGUUAUAGCCCGCAGCUCGUUAUCGCUGGCCUCCCCUAGCACAGCUGCGUCUCCCUUCCCUGCCAACCUCUGUCCGAUGCUUAACGUCACCUGCCACUACCUCUGGUCUGUCUGUCUAUGACAGUGGAACUGGUUUUGUUCUGCCCAGCCACUGUCAGUAUAUCGGUUCGUCUUAUGUCACUAGUAGUUGGCCUCUCGUGAUUCAAUAGGAUUUAAUGAGAACAUGUCUUCUCUCAUUGUUGCUCGUCUGUACAUCAAUAGAGUUAUGACUGCGUGUCACUUUUUAUAAAAGCAUCUGCUAAAUGCCAUAUAUAUUAUUAAUAUUAUAUAUUAGUUAUAUUAGACACAAAUCAGAAUUAAGGAUUGUUUGCUGAUAGACUGAGCAUCUACAGGCUUUCUGUAGGGGACUAUCCAUAUUAAAGCAAGAUCCUGUCUGUGACUGAGAGCUGUGUCUCACCACUAAAUGACUUGUCUCUCUCAUUAGACUAAAUGUCUACUGAGAAAAUCUGUUGGAGACUACAUCCUGUCUAGUGAUGUGUAUGAGUCCUCUAUCUCCCUGUCUAGGGAUGUGUAUGAGUCCUCUAUCUCCCUGUCUAGUGAUGUGUAUGAGUCCUCUAUCUCCCUGUCUAGUGAUGUGUAUGAGUCCUCUAUCUCCCUGUCUAGUGAUGUGUAUGAGUCCUCUAUCUCCCUGUCUAGUGAUGUGUAUGAGUCCUCUAUCUCUCCUGUCUAGCGAUGUGUAUGAGGUCCUCUAUCUCCCUGUCUAGUGAUGUGUAUGAGUCCUCUAUCUCCCUGUCUAGUGAUGGUGUAUGAGUCCUCUAUCUCCCUGUCUAGUGAUGUGUAUGAGUCCUCUCUAUCUCCCUGUCUAGUGAUGUGUAUGAGUCCUCUAUCUCCCUGUCUAGUGAUGUGUAUGAGUCCUCUAUCUCCCUGUCUAGUGAUGUGUAUGAGUCCUCUAUCUCCCUGUCUAGUGAUGUGUAUGAGUCCUCUAUCUCCCUGUCUAGUGAUGUGUAUGAGUCCUCUAUCUCCCUGUCUAGUGAUGUGUAUGAGUCCUAUAUCUCCCUGUCUAGUGAUGUGUAUGAGUCCUCUAUCUCCCUGUCUAGUGAUGUGUAUGAGUCCUAUAUCUCCCUGUCUAGUGAUGUGUAUGAGUCCUCUAUCUCCCUGUCUAGUGAUGUGUAUGAGUCCUCUAUCUCCCUGUCUAGCGAUGUGUAUGAGUCCUCUAUCUCCCUGUCUAGCGAUGUGUAUGAGUCCUCUAUCUCCCUGUCUAGCGAUGUGUAUAAGUCCUCUAUCUCCCUGUCUAGUGAUGUGUAUGAGUCCUCUAUCUCCCUGUCUAGUGAUGUGUAUGAGUCCUCUAUCUCCCUGUCUAGUGAUGUGUAUGAGUCCUCUAUCUCCCUGUCUAGGUUGUGGAUGAGUCCUCUAUCUCCCUGUCUAGCGAUGUGUAUGAGUCCUCUAUCUCCCUGUCUAGCGAUGUGUAUGAGUCCUCUAUCUCCCUGUCUAGCGAUGUGUAUAAGUCCUCUAUCUCCCUGUCUCUGCCGUCUCUCUCUCAGCCUCUAAGGACUGGCACCACGGUGGCAGAGAGAACAUCUUGUUGUGUACAGACUGUCGUAUCCACUUUAAGAAGUACGGCGAGCUGCCCCCCAUCGAGAAGCCAGUGGACCCGCCCCCGUUUAUGUUCAAACCUGUGAAAGAGGAUGAGGAUGGACUCAGCGGGAAGCAUAGCAUGAAGACCAGACGCAACAGAGGAUCGGUACGACUCUCUCUCUCUCUCUCUGUCUGUCCUCUCUCUCUCUCUCUCUGUCUGUACUCUCUCUCUCUCGUCUCUCUCUUCUUCUCUUCUCGCUCUUUCUCUUCUCCUCUCUCUCCUCUAGGCUCAUUCUCUCUCUCUCUCUCUCUCUCCUUCUCUUCUUUCUUGGUGUCUCUGUCUCCUUCUUUCUCUUUCUCUGUCUUUCUUUGUCUAUAACCACGUUUCCAUCCAGUUUUUAUGGGAGGAAAGUCAUACUGUAUAAAAAAAAUCACAACAGCUGUGAUGGAAACAGGAAGUCUCGGUAAAAUGUUAUAAAUGCCGACAGAUAAUUUGAUUGGUCGACAUGGUGGGAUCUUUUUGUGUCGGUAAAAUGUAUAAUGCGUGAAAUGGCGGUGGAAACGCCUUUAUGCGCAAAUAUUGAUAUAAUAACCAUCAUAUCGAAGUAAACUUGGAGUCACGCGAUAUGUUGUGUGGUCCUCCCACUACGACUCGUCUCGAUAGCAAACAGUUUUAUUAGGCUACAGAUGAAAUAACUUAUGAUAAACUUCACAGGGUGGUGAAAGGGCAGUGAUUUUGAUGCUCCUUUCUAAUAAAUAUCGACAGUCUUAUUCUGGUGACAUGAUGAUCGAUGCUUGACUGCCGUUUGACAAAAUGCAUAUAUUCUUGCUCUUAUCCAUAACAAUCUCAUCAUGUAGACUAGCCUGCCCUCACAGCCUGCCCUCACAGCCUGCCCUCACAGCCUGCCCUCACAGCCUGCCCUCACAGCCUGCCCUCACAGCCUACCCUCACAGCCUGCCCUCACAGCCUGCCCUCACAGCCUACCCUCACAGCCUACCCUCACAGCCUGCCCUCACAGCCUGCCCUCACAGCCUGCCCUCACAGCCUGCCCUCACAGCCUGCCCUCACAGCCUACCCUCACAGCCUACCAGCUGUUGUCAGAGCGCACGUGCAGGCACAUUUGCUAUUUAACGGAACAGUUUUGGUGACAAAACUAUCGGUAAAGUUGAAAAUGCGAUGGAAACUUUUGAUUUUUAUUCGGUACAUGAAAACUGAAGAGAUUAAAGCAUGAGAAAAAAAAAAAGUUACAUUGUGUGCACUAUGUCAUCACUGAUUUGUAUCUGCAAAAAGUCAAUUUGGUGGAAACACCACUGGUGGGAAUAUUUGCAUAUUUUCUUUAUGCGGGUUUUAAAAUAUGUCGCCAGUUGAAUGCAAACCUAGCUUAUCUCCGUCUCCGUCUCCGUCUCCGUCUCCGUCUGUGUAGAUGUCGACGCUCCGUAGUGGCCGUAAGAAGCAGACAGCCAGCCCUGAUGGUCGAGCGUCUCCAACCAAUGAGGACCUCCGGUCUAGUGGCCGUACCUCCCCCUCCACAGACAGCACUGACAGCAAGACAGACCCCAUGAAGAAACCCAGCAAGGUAGAGUACACACACACCACACACACACACACACACACACAACACACCACACACAGACACAUACAUACACAAAAACACCACACACACACACAGACACAAACACACACAUACACACACACACACACACACACACACAAAGACACACAACAGACACCCACACACACACCACACACACACACACACACACACACACCACAAGACACUACACAUACACACCACACCACACACCACACACAGACACACACACCACAUACACACACACACACACACACACACACAGACACACCACAGACACACACACACACACAGAACACACACACACAGACACCACACACACACACACCCACACAACAUAGACACACACACACACACACACACACAGACACACACACACACAGACACACACACAGACACACACAGACACACACAGACACACACACACACAGAGGCUGCGUUUACACAUAAAUAACAAUUUGGUUAUUUUUUCCACUGAUUGAUCUUUUGACCGAUCACAUCAGAUCUUUUUCAGAGCUUAUUUGAUUGAUCACACACAGGAUCACACAAAGGAUCACUCACAGGCUUGCUCAUGAGUGUUUAAGUCUUUAAGUCCUAAGCCACUCCCUCUCAUUAGACUCUCUACCAGGUGAAUAUGUACGAAAGCCUGAUUGGAAAUGACAGUAAUAGUUUGAUAUGAUUGAUGGAUGUAUUGAUUGAUUGAUUUUCAUCAGAAGAUCAAGGAGGAGUCUCCAAUGAAGUGUGCCAAACGCCAGAGAGAGAAGGGCGGAGCCUCAGACAACGAGGACACAGACAACAGGACAAUCGCCAAAAAGUCCAAGACCCAGGUGACUUAGCGACCACGGCUCAUACCAGAGUUUCUGUUGGGUAGCUAGUGUUGUGGGUUGAGGAAUAGUAUCUGUAUGGAAAUGACAAAGCCUCAGUGUAGGAGUACUGAUCCAGGAUCAGUUUAGCCUUUUAGAUCAUAAUUAAUAAGACCGGUCCUAGAUCUGUUAUUAUAGUGGUAAUACCAAGCCUUUUGUGUAAUAAUUAGCCCCCAAGUGUAAUGAGAUUUGUAUACCACAACCAUUGCGGUAUGGAAUUCACGCCUCUCUUCUCUCUUCCAUUCUCUGUUCCACAGGAGCUGGGUCGGUCCGACUCGCCGUCGGAGGGCGAGGGCGAGGGCGAGAGCUCCGACGGGCGUAGCGUCAACGAGGAGUGUAGCAGUGACGCUAAAGACAUUGACCAGGACAACCGCAGCUCCUCGCCGUCCAUCCCCAGCCCCCGAGACGGGGAGAGCGACUCGGACUCCUCCGCCCAGCAACAGCUGCUCCUACUGCAGAGACGGGAGAGGGAGAGGGAGGGACAGGGACACCACCCUCCGGUUAUCCAGCCCUGUCAGCCAGGGACCUCCAGUGUUCGCUCCACCACCCCUCCUUUACCUCCGACAUCCUCCUCAGCCCCCUCACUGGUCCCCCAGGUCUCCUCUCCCUCCUCAGCCUCCUCACUGGUCCCCCAGGUCUCCCUCCCUCCGCAGCCCCCUCACUGGUCCCCCAGGUCUCCUCUCCCUCCGCAGCCUCCACUUCUCUUCCACUGCCUCUACCGCCUCCCAUGCCCCAACAGGCCGGCCCCCUCUCUCUCAUCCAAUCAGGGGUGUCCCUCCACCCCCAGAGGCGGCCCUCCCCCUCGCCUCAUUCGCCGCUGCAGGGGAUUUCUCAGGCUCCACCCCCAGGACUGCCAGGCUCCACCCAGUCGCUACCGAACGCACUCCACGGCCCUCUCCCCCACCCAUCAUCCAUGCCCCACCCACUUCAGGCUGGCCCCUCCCACCUGCCCCACCCCCACUCCUUGCCCCCUCAAGGCUUCCCAUUGGGCCCCCAGUCUCAGGUCCCGCCCUCCCCACAGCCUCUCGGCCAAUUGCAGCAGCCGCCCCACAGGGCCCACACGCCCCCCAGCCAAUCGUCAACCCAGGGUGGAUCGUCCAAUCAGCCGCCCCGCGAGCAGCUCCUACCCCUCGCCCCCUCCAUGUCGAUGUCUCACAUCAAGCCCCCUCCCACCACCCCCAUCCCCCACAUGCCCAACCGUGACCCCCAGUCCCACAAACACCUCUCGGCACCCCCCUUCCCCCAGAUGCCCUCCAACCUGCCCCCUCCGCCCGCCCUCAAGCCCCUCUCCUCCCUGUCCACCCACCACCCUCCCCCUGCCCACCCUCCUCCCCUCCAGCUCAUGCCCCAGGGCCCAGGCCAGCAGCUCCAGCCUCCAUCGGCCCAGCCCCCUGUCCUCACCCAGUCCCAGAACCUCCCCCCUUCAGAGAGAGAGAGAGGCACCCAGCACCACCCUCCUCCCCCUCCUCCUCCGCUACCCAUCUCCGGACCAUCACCAUCUUCCCACUCCAACACACCCCAACAGCCCCCGUUCCCUCCUCACCCCUUCGCUCCCAUCCUGCCCCUCUCCUCCGCUGGCUGCCCUCCCCCCUCCUCCUCUCUACCUCCAGGCCUCCAGCCUCCUUCCUCUUCCUCCUCCUCCUCCUUCUCCAUGCCCCUCACAGCCUCUGUUGGCUCCGCCUGCCCAGGUCCCGCCCUCCCGCCAGUACACAUCAAGGAGGAACCUCUCGACGAAUCAGAGGAGCCCGAGAGCCCUCCACCCCCUCCGCGGAGCCCCUCCCCCGAGCCUACCAUCGUCAACACACCCAGCCAUGCCAGCCAAUCAGCACGGUAUGACCUGACACACACACACACAGUCAGAACACACACACACACAGUCAGAACACACACACAGUCAGAACACACACACACACAGUCAGAACACACACACACACAGUCAGAACACACACACACACACACAGUCAGAACACACACACACACUGUCAGAACACACACAAUUGGCUAUUUUAAUGUGAGUACCUGUUGUGCUUCAGUGGCUCUCAAACCACCAAUGAAUAGUAAUGAGUCUGUUAAUACAGGUAGAGAUAAGCUGUUAUACAGGUAAAGGGGAAUACAGGUAGAGAGAAGCUGUUAAACAGGUAGAGAGAAGCUGUUAAUACAGGUAGAGAGUUUGUUAAUACAGGUAGAGGGAAGCUGUUAAUACAGGUAGAGGGAAGCUGUUAAUACAGGUAGAGAUGAAUACAGGUUGAGAGAAGCUGUUAAUACAGGUAGAGAGAAGCUGUUAAUACUGGUAGAGAGGGAUAGAGGUUGAGAGAAGCUGUUAAUACAGGUAGAGAGGAAUACAGGUAGAGAAGCUGUUAAUACAGGUAGAGAGAGUUUGUUAAUACAGGUAGAGAGAAGCUGUUUAUACAGGUAGAGAGAAGCUGUUUAUACAGGUAGAGAGAAGCUGUUAAAAUAGGUAGAGAUGAAUACAGGUAGAGAGAAGCUGUUAAACAGGUAGAGAGGAAUACAGGUAGAGAGAAGCUGUUAAUACAGGUAGAGAGAAGCUGUUAAAACAGGUACAGGGGGAUACAGGUAGAGAAGCUGUUAAUAGAGGUAGAGAGAAGCUGUUAAUACAGGUAGAGAGAAGCUGUUAAAAUAGGUAGAGAGGAAUACAGGUAGAGAGAAGCUGUUAAACAGGUAGAGAGGAAUACAGGUAGAGAGAAGAUGUUAAUACAGGUAGAGAGAAGCUGUUAAAACAGGUACAGGGGGAUACAGGUAGAGAAGCUGUUAAUAGAGGUAGAGAGAAGCUGGGAAUACAGGUAGAGAGAAGCUGUUAAUAUAGGUAGAAAGAAGCUGUUAAUAUAGGUAGAGAGAAGCUGUUAAUACAGGUAGAGAGGAAUACAGGUAGAGAGAAGCUGUUAAUACAGGUAGAGAAGCUGUUAAUACAUGUAGAGAGAAGCUGUUAAUACAGGUAGAGUGGAAUACAGGUAGAGAGAAGCUGUUAAUACAGGUAGAGAGAAGCUAUUAAUACAGGUAGAGAAGCUGUUAAUACAGGUAGAGAAGCUGUUAAUAAUGCAGAGAGUUUGUUAAUACAGGUUGAGAGAAGCUGUUAAUACAGGUAGAGAGAAGCUGUUAAUACAGGUAGAGAGAAGCUGUUAAUACAGGUAGAGAGCAGCUGUUAAUACAGGUAGGGGGGUAUACAGAGAGAGAAUAUGUUAAUACAGGUAGGGAGGAACAUGGGUAGAGAAGCUGUUAAUACAGGUAGAGAGAAGCUGUUAAUACAGGUAGAGAGAAGCUGUUAAUACAGGUACAGAGAAGCUGUUAAUACCGGUAGAGGAAUACAGGUAGAGGAAUACAGGUAGAGAGGAAUACAGGUAGAGAGAAGCUGUUAAUACAGGUAGAGAGAAGCUGUUAAUACAGGUAGAGAGAAGCUGUUAAUAGAGGUAGAGCGGAAUACAGGUAGAGGAAUACAGGUAGAGAGGAAUACAGGUAGAGAGGAAUACAUGUAGAGAGAAGCUGGUAAUAGAGGUAGAGAGAAACUGUUAAUACAGGUAGAGAGAAGCUGUUAGGGGUAGAGAGGAAUACAGGUAGAGAAGCUGUUAAUACAGGUAGAGAAGCUGUUAAUACAUGUAGAGAGAGUUUGUUAAUACAGGUAGAGAAGCUGUUAAUACAGGUAGAGAGAAGCUGUUAAUAUAGGUAGAGAGAAGCUGUUAAUACAGGUAGAGAGAAUAUGUUAAUACAGGUAGGGAGAAACAUGGGUAGAGAGAAGCUGUUAAUACAGGUAGAGAGAAGCUGUUAAUACAGGUAGAGGGGUAUACAGGUAGAGAGAAGCUGUUAAUACAGGUAGAGGAAUACAGGUAGAGGAAUACAGGUAGAGAGAAGCUGUUAAUAGAGGUAGAGAGAAGCUGUUAAUAGAGGUAGAGAGAAGCUGUUAGGGGUAGAGAGAAGCCAUUAGGGGUAAAGAGAAGCUGUUAGGGGUAGAGUGAAGCUGUUAGGGGUAGAGAGGAAUACAGGUAGAGAAGCUGUUAAUAGAGGUAGAGAGAAGCUGUUAAUAGAGGUAGAGAGAAGCUGUUAGGGGUAGAGAGAAGCCAUUAGGGGUAAAGAGAAGCUGUUAGGGGUAGAGUGAAGCUGUUAGGGGUAGAGAGGAAUACAGGUAGAGAAGCUGUUAAUAGAGGUAGAGAGAAGCUGUUAAUAGAGGUAGAGAGAAGCUGUUAAGAGGUAGAGAGAAGCUGUUAAGAGGUAGAGAGAAGCUGUUAAUAGAGGUAGAGAGAAGCUGUUAAUAGAGGUAGAGAGGAAUACAGGUAGAGAGGAAUACAGGUAGAGAGAAGCUGGUAAUAGAGGUAGAGAGAAACUGUUAAUACAGGUAGAGAGAAGCUGUUAGGGGUAGAGAGAAGCCAUUAGGGGUAAAGAGAAGCUGUUAGGGGUAGAGAGGAAUACAGGUAGAGAAGCUGUUAAUAGAGGUAGAGAGAAGCUGUUAAUAGAGGUAGAGAGAAGCUGUUAAUAGAGGUAGAGAGAAGCUGUUAGAGGUAGAGAGGAAUACAGGUAGAGAGGAAUACAGGUAGAGAGAAGCUGGUAAUAGAGGUAGAGAGAAACUGUUAAUACAGGUAGAGAGAAGCUGUUAGGGGUAGAGAGAAGCCAUUAGGGGUAAAGAGAAGCUGUUAGGGGUAGAGUGAAGCUGUUAAUACAGAUAGAGAGGAAUACAGUUAGAGAAGCUGUUAAUACAGGUAGAGAGAAUCUGUAAAUACUGGUAGAGAGAAUCUGUAAAUACAGGUAGAGAAUCUGUUAAUACAGGUAGAGAGAAGCUGUUAAUACAGGUAGAGUGGAAUACAGGUAGAGAAGCUCUUAAUACAGGUAGAGAGAAUAUGUUAAUACAGGUGGAGAAGCUGUUAAUACAGGUGGAGAAGCUGUUAAUACAGGUGGAGAAGCUGUUAAUACAGGUAGAGAUAAUCUGUUAAUACAGGUAGAGAAGCUGUUAAUACAGCUAGAGAGAAUAUGUUAAUACAGGUAGAGAAGCAGUUAAUACAUGUAGAUAGAGUUUGUUAAUACAGCGAGAGAAGCUGUUAAUACAGGUAGAGAGAAGCUGUUAAUACAGGUAGAGAGAAGCUGUUAAUACAGGUAGAGAGAAGCUGUUAAUACAGGUAGAGAGAAGCUGUUAAUACAGGUAGAGAGGAAUACAGGUAGAGUGAAUCUGUUAAUACAGGUAGAGAGAAUAUGUUAAUACAGGUAGAGAGAAUCUGUUAAUACAGGUAGACAGAAUCUCCUCAGAACAGUGAUGAGUGGUUAGACUAGAUGUUGUUUCCUGUUGAAUAAUCAGCUAACAUGUCAAAGGCUAUUUGUUUCUCAUCAGAUACAUCACUAUACUGAACAAAAAUAAAUGCAACAUGCAACAAGUUACAGUUCAUAGAAGGAAAUCAGUUAAUUGAAAUGAAUUCAUUAGGCCCUAAUCUGUGGAUUUCACAUGAUUUGGCAGGGGCGCAGCCAUGAGUGGGCCUGGGAGGGCAUAGGCCCACCCACUUGGGCGCCAGGUCCACCCACUGCCGAGCCAGGCCCAGCCAAUCAGAAUUCGUUUUUUCCUACAAAAGGGCUUUAUUACAGACAGAAAUACACUACAUGACCAAAAGUAUGUCGACACCCGCUCGUCGAACAUCUCAUUCCAAAAUCAUGGGCAUUAAUAUGGAGUUGGUCCCCCCUUUGCUGCUAUAACAGCCUCCACUCUUCUGGGAAGGCUUUCCACUAGAUGUUGGAACAUUGCUGCCGGGACUUGCUUCCAUUCAGCCACGAGCAUUAGUGAGGUCGGGCACUGAUGUUGGGCGAUUAGGCCUGGCUCGCAGUCGGCGUUCCAAUUCAUCCCAAAUGUGUUCGAUGGGGUUGAUGUCAGGGCUCUGUGCAGGCCAGUCAAGUUCUUCCACACCGAUCUCAACAAACCAUUUCUGUAUGGACCUCUUUGUGCACGGGUACAUUGUCUUGCUGAAACAGGAAAGGGCCUUCCCAAAAAUGUUGCCGCAAAGUUGGAAGCACAGAAUCGUCUAGAAUGUAAUUGAAUGCUGUAUCGUUAAGAUUUCCCUUCACUGGAACUAAGGGGCCUAGCCUGAACCAUGAAAAACAGCCCCUGACCAUUAUUCGUCCUCCACCAAACUUUACAGUCGGCACUAUGCAUUUGGGCAGGUAGCCUUCUCCUGGCAUUCACCAAACCCAGAUUCAUCCAUUGGACUGCCAGAUGGUGAAGUGUGAUUCAUCACUCCGGAGAAUGCGUUUCCACUGCGCCAAAGUCCAAUGGCGGCAAGCUUUACACCUCUCCAGCCGACGCUUGGCAUUGCACAUUGUGAACUUAGGCUUGCGUGCGGCUGCUCGGCCAUUCAAAUCUAUUUCAUGAAGCUCCCGACGACCAGCUCUUGCAACCGAGGACAGACGAUUUUUACGCGCUUCAACACUUCGCUGUCCCGUUCUGUGAGCUUGUGUGGCCUACCACUUCGCGGCUGAGCCGUUGUUGAGCCUAGACGUUUCCACUUCACAAUAACAGCACUUACAGUUGACCGGGGCAGCUCUAGCAGGGCAGAACUUUGACGAAUUGACUAGUUGGAAAGGUGGCAUCCUAUGACGGUUCCACGUUGAAAAUCACUGAGCUCUUCAGUAAGGUCGUUCUACUGCCAAUGUUUGUCUAUGGAGAUUACAUGGCUGUGUGCUCGAUUUUAUACGCCUGUCAGCAAGGGGUGUGGCUGAAAUAGCCGAAUCCACUAAUUCUAAGGGGUGUCCACAUACUUUUGUAUAUAUAGAGUGUACUCCUCAGACGAUCCCACAGGUGAAGAAGCCGGAUGUGCAGGUCCUGGGCUGGCGUGGUUACACGUGGUCUGCGGUUGUGAGGCCUGUUGGAUGUACUGACAAAUUCUCUAAAACGAUGUUGGAGGCGGCUUAUGGUAGAGAAAUGAACGUUCAAUUCUCUGGCAACAGCUCUGUUGGAUAUUCCUGCAGUCAGCGUGCCAAUUGCACGCUCCCUCAACUUGAGACAUCUGUGGCAUUGUGUUGUGUGAUAAAACUGCACAUUUUAGAGUGGCCUUUUAUUGUCCCCAGCACAAAGUGCACCUGUGUAAUGAUUAUGCUGUUCUUCUUAAUUUGCCACACCUUCCAGGUGGAUGGAUUAUCUUGGCAAAGGAGAAAUGCUCACUAACAGAGAUGUAAACAAAUUUGUGCACGAAAUUAGAGAGAAAUAAGCUUUUUGUGCAUUUGGAAAAUUUUGCGUUUAUAUUUUUGUUCCGUAUACAUCCAAUUUCUGUUGAAUGUGGUCUAAAGAUGCAGUCUCUUCAUGGCUUUCUAUUAGAUGUAUUUAUCACAUUUUCUAUGCUAAUGUUGUUUUUUCAUUUACCAAUUUUAAGAAAAGGAAUGUUAAUGAUUCAUGAAUACAAGUCGUAUGAGUCUUAUGUGAUGUUAGCAAGCUGUGCAUCCUGGAAUACUUGGUGGUCAAACUAAUUUUGCCACAGGGGCCGCUUUUGGUCUUCAAUGUGGUCCGGAGGGCACCCCCACGUGCCGGAUGUUUGACACCCCUGACUUAGUGUGUAUUUCCAUGAAGUGUUGUUAGCCAAACUGUACAUCCUUACUAUAUAUGAAUGUGUAUUUCCAUGAAGUAUUGUUAGUUAAACUGUACAUCCUUACUAUAUAUUGUGUAUUUCCAUGAAGUAUUGUUAGCUAAACUGUACAUCCUUAAGUAUUCAGACCCCUUGACUUUUUCCACAUUUUGUUACGUUACAGCCUUAUUCUAAAAUUGAUUAAAUUAAUGUUUUUCCUCAUCAAUCUACACGCAAUUCUCCAUAAUGACAAAGCGAAAACAGGGUUUUUAGGCAUUUUUUUAAAUGUACACUACCGUUCAAAAGUUUGGUGUCACUUAGAAAUGUCCUUGUUUUCCAUGAAAAUAUACAUGAAAUGAGUUUGAAUAGGAAAUGUAGUCAUUAACAAGGUUAGAAAUAAUGAUUUUUAAUUGAAAUAAUUGUGUCCUUCAAACUUUGCUUUCGUCAAAUAAUCCUCCAUUUGCAGCAAUUACAGCCUUGCAGACCUUUGGUAUUCUAGUUGUCAAUUUGUUGAGGUAAUCUGAAGAGAUUUCACCCCAUGCUUCCUGAAGCACCUCCCACAAGUUGGAUUGGCUUGAUGGGCACUUCUUACGUGUACCAUACGGUCAAGCUGCUCCCACAACAGCUCAAUAGGGUUGAGAUCUGGUGACUGUGCUGGCCACUCCAUUAUAGACAGAAUUCCAGCUGACUGCUUCUUCCCUAAAUAGUUAUUGCAUAGUUUGGAGCUGUGCUUUGGGUCAUUGUCCUGUUGUAGGAGGAAAUUGGCUCCAAUCAAGCGCCGUCCACAGGGUAUGGCAUGGCGUUGCAAAAUGGAGUGAUAGUCUUCCUUCUUCAAGCUCCCUUUUACCCUGUACAAAUCUCCCACUUUACCACCACCAAAGCACCCCCAGACCAUCACAUUGCCUCCACCAUGCUUGACAGAUGGCAUCAAACACUCCUCCAGCAUCUUUUCAUUUGGUCUGCGUCUAACAAAUGUUCUUCUUUGUGAUCCGAACACCUCAAACUUCGAUUCGUCUGUCCAUAACACUUUUUUCAGAUCUUCCUCUGUCCAAUGUCUGUUCUUUUGCCCAUCUUAAUCUUUUCUUUUUAUUGUCCAGUCUGAGUUAUGGCUUUUUCUUUGCAACUCUGCCUAGAAGGUCAGCAUCCUGGAGUCGCCUCUUCACUGUUGACAUUGAGACUGGUGUUUUGCGGGUACUAUUUAAUGAAGCUGCCAGUUGAGGACCUGUGAGGCGUCUCUCAUGUAUUUGUCCUCUUGCACUGUUGUGCACCGGGGCCUCCCACUCCUCUUUCUGUUCUGGUUAGAGCCAGUUUGCGCUGUUCUGUGAAGGGAGUAGUACACAGCGUUGUACGAGAUCUUUAGUUUCUUGGCAAUUUCUCGCAUAGCCUUCAUUUUUCAGAACAAGAAUAGACUGACGAGUUUCAGAAGAAAGUUAUUUGUUUCUGGCCAUUUUCAGCCUGUAAUCGAACCCACAAUUGCUGAUGCUCCAGAUACUCAACUAGUCUCCAGAAGGCCAGUUUUAUUGCUUCUUUAAUCAGCACAACAGUUUUCAGCUGUGCUAACAACGAUCAAUUAGCCUUUUAAAAUGAUAAACUUGGAUUAGCAAACACAACGUGCCAUUGGAACACAGGACUGAUGGUUGCUGAUAAUGGGCCUCUGUACGCCUAUGUAGAUAUUCCAUUAAAAAAUCCACUGUACAUCCUUACUAUAUAUAUAUUAAUAUGUAUUUCCAUGAAGUGUUGUUAGUCAAACUGUACAUCCUUACUAUAUAUAUUAAUGUGUAUUUCCGUGAAGUGUUGUUAGUCAAACUGUACAUCCUUACUAUAUAUAUUAAUGUGUAUUUCCGUGAAGUGUUGUUAGUCAAACUGUACAUCCUCACUGUUUUUUCACUGUGUGUGUCUAGGUUCUACAAGCACCUGGACCGGGGUUACAACACGUGUGCUAGAACGGACUUCUACUUCACGCCUCUCGCUGCUUCUAAACUGGCCAAGAAGAGAGAGGAGGCGCUGGAGCGAGCCAAGAGGGAGGCGGAACAGAAAGCCCGGGAGGAGAAGGAGAAAGAGAGGGAACGGGAGAAGGAACGAGAGCGGGAACGGGAAAGAGAGAAGGAACAGGAGAGAGCGGCGGUGAGUGUUUGGUCUAGUUUGUGUAACUUAAAGUGACGUUUUCAGAUUCAUCAUCUCCAGCACCACCCCAACAUCAACAUAUGUGAAAAUUGAGCUUUUCUAUGUUUUGUAGUGAAAAGAUAGAGGAAGAUAAGUAUUUCCAAUGACAUCAAUCAAUUAGUAGACAGUUAGUAGGCAACGCCUACUCAUUGGUUAAGAUCACAUGAUGCACACAGACGAUGUCAUUGGAAACACUUAUCGUCCUCGAUCUUUUUUACUACAAAACAUAUGUUGAUGUUGGGGUGGUGCUGGAGAUGAUGAAUUUGAAGUAUAACUUUUUUAAAUAAAUGUUUUUAACUUUACAUUGUUGUAAAACAGCCUUUCUCUGUCCCACUAGAGUAUUUGUGUCUAAAUGCUCACUUAACCUCCUUAUAACCUCCUUACAACCUAUUAUAACCUCCUUAUAACCUGUUAACCACCUUACAACCUAUUAUACCCCGUUAUAACCACCUUACAACCUAUUAUAACCUCCUUAUAACCUGUUAUAACCACCUUACAACCUAUUAUAACCUCCUUACAACCUAUUAUAACCUCCUUAUAACUUGUUACAACCACCUUACAACCUAUUAUAACCUCCUUAUAACCUGUUACAACCACCUUACAACCUAUUAUAACCUCCUUAUAACCAGUUACAACCACCUUACAACCUAUUAUAACCUCCUUAUAACCUGUUAUAACCACCUUACAACCUAUUAUAACCUGUUAUAACCACCUUACAACCUAUUAUAACCUCCUUACAACAUGUUAUAACCUCCUUACAACAUGUUAUAACCACCUUACAACCUAUUAUAACCUCCUUAUAACCUGUUAUAACCACCUUACAACCUAUUAUAACCUCCUUAUAACCUCCUUAUAACCUGUUAUAACCACCUUACAACCUAUUAUAACCUGUUAUAACCACCUUAUAACCUGUUAUAACCACCUUACAACCUAUUAUAACCUCCUUAUAACAUGUUAUAACCACCUUACAACCUAUUAUAACCUCCUUAUAACCUGUUAUAACCACCUUGUAACCUGUUAUAACCACCUUACAACCUAUUAUAACCUCCUUAUAACCUGUUAUAACCACCUUACAACCUAUUAUAACCUUCUUAUAACCUGUUAUAACCACCUUACAACCUAUUAUAACCUUCUUAUAACCUGUUAUAACCACCUUACAACCUAUUAUAACCUUCUUAUAACCUGUUACAACCACCUUACAACCUAUACCUUUCUUACACUUGUUAAAACCCGAAAAAGAUAACCUCCGUGGGUGCGUAACCCUCUGCGAUCUCCCUGUUCCAAAAGCCCCAUUCGUGUCAUGACGGUCGUAUGGUUCCCCCAUGUGGCUCCGCCCAUGGUCCUCCCUUCGCUGCCCUCCCACUUCCAUCGCCGCGGUGCCCCCUCUACAUCGUCCCCGACACGCCCCCCUUCGCACAUCCUCAGCGAGUACGCCCCGCCCCCAUGUUAUGUCCCCGACCAAUAGGAACCACCCCUUCUUCGUCUCCCUUAACCCCAACGACCCCCUGAUGGCCUAUCACAUGCCUGGCCUCUACAACGCCGACCCGGGCAUGCGGGAGCGCGAGCUGCGAGAGCGGGAGAUGAGAGAGAGAGAGAUGAGGGAGAGGGAGCUGAGAGAGAGGAUGAAGCCUGGGUUCGAACACAAACCCCCGGAGUUAGAAGGCAUGCACCCCUCGGCUAACCCCAUGGAGCACUUCGCCCGGCAUGGGGCCAUCUCCUUACCCCCCAUGGCGGGACCACACCCCUUCGCCUCCUUCCACCACGGCCUCAACCCCUUGGAGAGGGAGCGUUUGGCGCUGGCUGCGGGACCCCAGCUCAGACCGGACAUGAGCUACCCGGAGCGGCUGGCGGCGGAGAGGCUGCAUGCCGAGAGGAUGGCGGCGGUGGCUAACGACCCUAUCGCCAGGCUUCAGAUGUUCAACAUCACGCCUCAUCAUCACCAGCACUCCCACAUCCACUCACACCUACACCUGCACCAGCAGGACUCCCUGCACCAAGGUGACACACUGAUGUUAUUGUUAACUCUGUUCCGAUAAAGCAACGCUCUAAGUAACUCUAAAUACCGUAUGCAAAUACUGCAAUAGUCUGGAAAAAUAACUUCAUAACUUGUAGCUAGUCGAUUACCAUAUUAGCAUCCUUGGUGGCACUGACUGUGGUACCAAUCUUCUGAUCCCAGCAAACGGCUGUAGCAUGCAGUGAAUGCAAAUAAUAGUCUGUUCUUAAUUGACUUACCUGGAACAUGUACUGUACUGUUUAUGAUGCCAUGGAUUAGAAUAAUUGAUCAUUGUGAUGUAUGGUGAUGAACUGUGUGUGUGUGUGUGAGCGACCUGACCAUGUGGAGUUCUGACUGUGUGCAGGUGGUGGCGAAUGUCUUGUAUGUCCUCCCGGUUCGGGGGGGCACCCCCUCGUAGACCCUCUGGCAGGAGGCCCCCACCUCGCCCGCUUCCCCUACCCGCCUGGCGCGAUCCCCAACCCCCUCCUGGGUCAGAACCCACACGAACACGAGAUGCUGCGACACCCUGUCUUCGGUAAGAACUACACCUCAACCAACGACACAGAUCUCCAUCUAGAUCAUGUAAAUAUCAGACCUAUUUCCACACUACGGAGCCAAACCAAGCUGGACUGAGCUGUCUUGGUCACACAAAUCGUAGUUGCUGGAACAGGGCUGAAAAGGACCAUGUCAAAAGAAAAUAUCAGAGCAGUUUGGUUUGAGUCAACCCUAUAGUGUGACGAGGGAUUUAUCUACCACAGUGGGAUCUCUGUUCGUAGACAAGCCCAUGAUGUUCUGAUCCUGUUGCGUUCCUCUAUUCAUAGUCAAGCCCAUGAUGUUCUGAUCCUGUUGUGUUCCUCUAUUCAUAGUCAAGCCCAUGGUCUGAUCCUGUUGUGUUCCUCUAUUCAUAGUCAAGCCCAUGGUCUGAUCCUGUUGCGUUCCUCUAUUCAUAGUCAAGCCCAUGGUCUGAUCCUGUUGCGUUCCUCUAUUCAUAGUCAAGCCCAUGGUCUGAUCCUGUUGCGUUCCUCUAUUCAUAGUCAAGCCCAUGGUCUGAUCCUGUUGCGUUCCUCUGCCUAUGGUCUGAUCCUGUUGCGUUCCUCUAUUCAUAGUCAAGCCCACGGUCUGAUCCUGUUGCGUUCCUCUAUUCAUAGUCAAGCCCAUGGUCUGAUCCUGUUGCGUUCCUCUAUUCAUAGUCAAGCCCACGGUCUGAUCCUGUUGCGUUCCUCUAUUCAUAGUCAAGCCCACGGUCUGAUCCUGUUGCGUUCCUCUAUUCAUAGUCAAGCCCACGGUCUGAUCCUGUUGCGUUCCUCUAUUCAUAGUCAAGCCCAUGGUCUGAUCCUGUUGCGUUCCUCUAUUCAUAGUCAAGCCCAUGGUCUGAUCCUGUUGCGUUCCUCUAUUCAUAGUCAAGCCCACGGUCUGAUCCUGUUGCGUACCUCUAUUCAUAGUCAAGCCCAUGGUCUGAUCCUGUUGCGUUCCUCUAUUCAUAGUCAAGCCCACGGUCUGACCCUUUUGCGUUCCUCUAUUCAUAGUCCAAGCCCACGGUCUGAUCCUGUUGCGUUCCUCUAUUCAUAGUCAAGCCCAUGGUCUGAUCCUGUUGCGUUCCUCUAUUCAUAGUCAAGCCCAUGGUCUGAUCCUGUUGCGUUCCUCUAUUCAUAGUCAAGCCCAUGGUCUGAUCCUGUUGCGUUCCUCUAUUCAUAGUCAAGCCCAUGGUCUGAUCCUGUUGCGUUCCUCUAUUCAUAGUCAAAGCCCACGGUCUGAUCCUGUUGCGUUCCUCUAUUCAUAGUCAAGCCCACGGUCUGAUCCUGUUGCGUUCCUCUAUUCAUAGUCAAGCCCAUGGUCUGAUCCUGUUGCGUCCUCUAUUCAUAGUCAAGCCCACGGUCUGAUCCUGUUGCGUUCCUCUAUUCAUAGUCAAGCCCACGGUCUGAUCCUGUUGCGUUCCUCUAUUCAUAGUCAAGCCCAUGGUCCUGAUCCUGUUGCGUUCCUCUAUUCAUAGUCAAGCCCAUGGUCUGAUCCUGUUGCGUUCCUCUAUUCAUAGUCAAGCCCACGGUCUGAUCCUGUUGCGUACCUCUAUUCAUAGUCAAGCCCAUGGUCUGAUCCUGUUGCGUUCCUCUAUUCAUAGUCAAGCCCACGGUCUGACCCUUUUGCGUUCCUCUAUUCAUAGUCAAGCCCACGGUCUGAUCCUGUUGCGUUCCUCUAUUCAUAGUCAAGCCCAUGGUCUGAUCCUGUUGCGUUCCUCUAUUCAUAGUCAAGCCCAUGGUCUGAUCCUGUUGCGUUCCUCUAUUCAUAGUCAAGCCCAUGGUCUGAUCCUGUUGCGUUCCUCUAUUCAUAGUCAAGCCCAUGGUCUGAUCCUGUUGCGUUCCUCUAUUCAUAGUCAAGCCCAUGGUCUGAUCCUGUUGCGUUCCUCUAUUCAUAGUCAAGCCCAACGGUCUGAUCCUGUUGCGUUCCUCUAUUCAUAGUCAAGCCCAUGGUCUGAUCCUGUUGCGUCCUCUAUUCAUAGUCAAGCCCACGGUCUGAUCCUGUUGCGUCCUCUAUUCAUAGUCAAGCCCACGGUCUGAUCCUGUUGCGUUCCUCUAUUCAUAGUCAAGCCCAUGGUCUGAUCCUGUUGCGUUCCUCUAUUCAUAGUCAAGCCCAUGAUGUUCUGAUCCUGUUGCGUUCCUCUAUUCAUAGUCAAGCCCAUGUUCUGAUCCUGUUGCGUGCCUCUAUUCAUAGUCAAGCCCAUGGUCUGAUCCUGUUGCGUUCCUCUUCAUAGUCAAGCCCAUGGUCUGAUCCUGUUGCGUUCCUCUAUUCAUAGUCAAGCCCAUGGUCUGAUCCUGUUGCGUUCCUCUAUUCAUAGUCAAGCCCACGGUCUGAUCCUGUUGCGUUCCUCUAUUCAUAGUCAAGCCCACGGUCUGAUCCUGUUGCGUUCCUCUAUUCAUAGUCAAGCCCAUGGUCUGAUCCUGUUGCGUUCCUCUAUUCAUAGUCAAGCCCAUGUUCUGAUCCUGUUGCGUUCCUCUAUUCAUAGUCAAGCCCAUGGUCUGAUCCUGUUGCGUACCUCUAUUCAUAGUCAAGCCCAUGGUCUGAUCCUGUUGCGUUCCUCUCUCCAGGUACUCCGUACCCCCGGGACCUCCCUCCCCAGAUGUCUGCAGCCCACCAGCUCCAGGCCAUGCAUGCUCAGUCUGCAGAGCUGCAGCGGAUAGCUAUGGAGCAGCAGUGGCUACAUGGACACCACCACAUGCACGGGGGCCCGCUUCCUGGACAGGAGGACUAUUACAGGUCAGAGACACACGUACUAAAAUACACACGCACUGAAAUACAGACACACUUGAAAACACACACUGGAGUACACACACACACAACACACUUGAAAACACACACACUUAACCAUACACUCACACAUUUCAACACAUUAAUUACAAACACACUGACAGACGUGGAAAAGACCGGCCUAGACGUUAUCAGUCCCUAGACGGGCUUUAAAAUAAGAAUAAUUACAUUAAAUUACAAAACAAAUAUUAAGCAUAACAUAAAAUGGUUCAUCUGUGGUUAUAAAUUCUUGUUGCUAAUUUAAAAGAUUUUCAUUUGUGUGAUUUCUGUAAGAUCAUGCAGACGUUUCAAGUGAUCUCGAGUUCCAGAAAUGGACUCCUUUUACAGAAAAACCUGAUGGCAAGUGAUGUUUUACCUUAAGAACUAACUCUGCACUUUGCAUUUUCAGAGAAUGUGACCUGUAGGAUGUUUAUAUAGACUGAAUGUAGUCACUUUUAUAUAGGGUUGUGGAGCAAGUCUGUAUUAACAUUUAAGUUUGCAUUGGGCAAAUAUAGACAUUAAAAAAAUAAUUGACGUGUUUCUUAGCAAUUAUAUACUGUAUUGAUGACAUUUUAAGAUGCACGCUUGUACAACGAUUGCAGCGGCUUUGUUCCAGAUUUUCCAGCUUGUGAACAACUUGUAAUACAACACCACCUGUGAAAAUAUCAUAGUGUGCAUAUAAACCUUGGCAGGGUUUUUUUGGUUUUAUUUCUAAACUUGGACAAGUGAAGUUAAAUAAGAGUGGCGAUGCCUAACGUGUUUUCGUGUUUUGUGUUUUAGCCGCCUGAAGAAGGAAAGCGACAAGCAACUGUAACCGAUCAAUGGGGAUUCAGAGAUGCGUUGGAAGUUGCCUAGGACACAGGAAGUACACAUGCAAGAACAGGAAGUAGUUACAGAACAGUGAGUCAGUCAAAGGAACCCGACCUCCGCUCCUCCAAACAAUUCUCGUUACCAAGGACAACAGAAACCCAAGGAGGAGAGGAGGAUUGUUCUGUUGUCUGUUUUCUUUCCCUGUCCGUGUGGGGAUGUUUUUCUUUUUCCAAGAACAUUGAGAAAGACUUUGUUUGGUGUAACUAUAGCCUUCAAGUAGUGACAACGACCUCGAGACUGAUUUGUGACUUUCCUGCAUGAAAACUUCUCUAAAGCGUCCACAACGUGUUUUGUAGAUGGUAGAAAUGCAAGACACUUUUGUCACUCUGCUAGUUCACGGAAAAUAAAAAGAUUAGAAAGGAGCGUUCCAGACAUUAAAUCCACGGAAAGAUUAAAAAACAAAAGUGCUAUCUUAUUUUAAUACAUUGUUGGAGGUUUUCAUAAUUUUAACGAAAAGCUACAGCGUGGCGUUUUUUUUGAGUCUGUAAAUAGUAUAUAUACACACACACAUAUACAUAUACGUAUAAUUAUUAUUAUAAUUAUUAUUAUUGUUACUAGGUGUGGACUCUGAACCAAGUCAUUUAUAAACCUCCAAUAUAUGUUACUGUGUUCUGAAGCAUUAUGCCAUGUUUCAACAGGAGGGGUGGGGGGGCAUCAUGGCAUUACUAGAGAAGACGAUGGUUACAGUCCUGAUGUGAGCUGUGUAGACACACACACACACACACACACAC